AUGGUGGAAUGGGUUUGGUUACAGAAAUCUAGAGUUAACUGGGUUUUGAAAGGUGAUAAAAACACAAAAUUCUUUCAUGUGAUGGCUGCAUCUAGAAAUAAUAGAAAUGCUUUGUGCUCGCUUUCUGUUAAUGGGGUUAUAAAGGAGAAUCCAGCUGAUAUAAGGGCUGAGGUAUUGCUUCAUUACAGAAGGCUUUUUUUUGAAUCCUGGUUCAGUAGACCAAGUUUAUCUGGCCACUUUCAAUCCAUUGGAGGAGAUGAGGUUAGAGCUGCUUUAGAAGUGGAGUUUUUAGAAUCAGAAGUGUUAGCAGCAGUUAAAACCUGUGAUGGAAACAAGGCUCCUAGGCUUGAUGGGUUCAACUUGAUGCUGUUUCAGAAGUGCUGGCAGUCAAUAAAAGGGGAUGUGAUGCAGUUUAUGAGUGAGUUUCAUCAAAACUCUAAACUGGUGCAUGGAAUUAAUAGCUCUUUUGUUGCGUUGAUUCCUAAAAAUGAUAAUCCUACUUGCCUCAGUGACUACAGGCCUAUUAGUCUCAUUGGUUCGCUUUACAGAGUGCUUGCAAAAGUUUUGUCAAACAGAAUAAAACUUAUAGUGUCAAGGAUUAUUAGUGAAUCUCAAUCAGCUUUUAUAGGAGGUAGAAGUAUCUUGGAUGGAGUGCUGAUUGCAAAUGAAAUUGUUGAUGGUUGGAAGAAGAAUCAGAGGAAGGGUAUUGUUUUGAAGCUGGAUUUUGAGAAAGCUUACGACUCAAUCAAUUGGGAAUUUCUCUUCUCUAUGCUUGCAAGCUUUGGGUUUGGCUCUAAAUGGAUUAAGUGGAUGCAAGAAUGUGUCUCAUCAGCUAAGAUCUCCAUUUUGGUUAAUGGAUCACCGGCAUCUGAAUUUAGUCCUCAAAGGGGGCUUAGGCAAGGUGAUCCAUUAUCACCUUUUCUUUUUAAUAUCGUGGCAGAGGGUUUGAACAUAUUGAUGACCAGAGCUAGGCUGAUGGGCUUGAUUAAAGGUGCAGUGGUUGGUUCAAAUGAUCUUAGCAUUACUCAUUUGCAGCUUAUUGAUGAGCUAUCUAAGGAAUAUGCAUCCGUGCUGAAUUGUGUUCAUCAAAGUUUGCCUUUAAAUUAUUUGGGUAUGCCCUUGGGGGGUAAUCCAAGGAGAAGAUGGGCUUGGAAACCAAUAAUUGAUAAAGUUAACCAGAAGUUGGCUUCUUGGAAAAAGGAGGUUCUUAUCUUUUGCUGCAAAUAUGGUGAGAUUGGAGGGGGGUGGUGGCCACUACUUGUUAAGGGUCCAAGGUUAUCUCUGGUCUGGAGAGAUAUCCAGGGGAUUGCUGCCCAUUGGCCUCAGUUGGUGGAAUUCUUCAAAAUUAAUAUCUCCUUUAUUGUUGGUGAUGGAAGGAACAUCAGGUUCUGGCUUCAUAAUUGGGUUGGUAACGUAUGUCUCAAAGAUGAAUUUCCAAGACUAUAUUCUGUGCCUCUUGACAAAAAUGAAUCUGUGGAAAGGUUAAGCAGUAGGAGAAAUGGAAAUGAAGAGUGGAAGCUGGUGUUCAGGAGAGCCUUGUUCCAGUGGGAACUAGAAGAUUUGAGGAGACUGAGAAUAAUGCUUCUUAAUGCUCCAACUAUUCGGGAUGGGAUGGUGGACAGGUUGAAAUGGAAUGCAAGAAAUUCUGGGGUUUUUACUAUGUCUUCUGCCUAUGAGUGGAGUGCAGCAUCUGUUGAAGCUAGUAGUAACUUAGUAGGGUGUAUAUGGAAGAAUUUGGCUCCACCUAUUCGGGAUGGGAUGGUGGACAGGUUGAAAUGGAAUGCAAGAAAUUAUGGGGUUUUUACUAUGUCUUCUGCCUAUGAGUGGAGUGCAUCAUCUGUUGAAGCUAGUAGUAACUUAGUAGGGUGUAUAUGGAAGAAUUUGGCUCCACCUAAGGUGCAGCUCUUUGGGUGGUUAGCAUGGAAGGAGAGAAUUAAGACAACCAGCUAUCUUCAAAGACUAGGUGUCCUUAAUGCUGCUUCAGACAUUAACUGUCAGAUUUUGUCUGAGGGGAUGAUUUCGUCUGGAUUUGAUUUUUCUGGGGCUUAUGUGACUUUGCCCGCUGCUGUAUGGCUUUUCAGCAGCCCAAGUUAUCAUGGUCUAAUCAAAGGAAAUGGAUUUUUCUUUUUGGUGCUGAUGGGUGGAGUGUGUUGCUUUGGUUUGGGUUGUUACAGAGAACAUUAUGUUCUAUUGGAGGGAUUCAAGCCCAAUGCUAAUCUGUGGAAUGCUGAAUUGGUGUUUAAAGCUGCAUGA